CACCGCAGAGCCCCACGGCCCAGUGGCUCCGUGCGCUGCCAGCGCCCCGGCUCCGGUGCGGGAGGUCCCGCGGCAGCGCAGCCUGGGGCGCGCUGGGCAGGUGGGAGCUCAGAGUUCUUCCAAGAGCCCAAGCCAUGGUGGCCAAACAGCGGAUCCGGAUGGCUAACGAGAAGCACAGCAAGAACAUCACCCAGCGGGGGAACGUGGCCAAAACCCUGAGGCCGCAAGAGGAGAAAUAUCCUGUGGGACCAUGGCUGUUGGCACUGUUUGUUUUUGUUGUCUGUGGCUCAGCUAUCUUUCAGAUCAUUCAGAGCAUAAGGAUGGGCAUGUGAGGAGGCCCGGAAUAUGGCACUGCUCUUUCCGCUGGAGGGUGAGGACCUCUUAAGCUCUUAGCCGGGAAUCUGGGAAGUGAGCAGGCCACACAGAACAAAAAACAAACAAAAAAAAGGAUCUGCAGUUAUUCCCUGAUCACUUCACCGUGGAUGUCAGACCAAAUUGCCUUCUCACAGGACAUCUUGGUACAUCCGUGCUCUGGAGCGGAAAAGACACUUGCUUUUCUGUGGGCAGGAUGGGCAGCUCCCGGGUGCCUGCCGCACUGCUGUCUUUGGUUCAGGAAUGCUUGCAUGCGGCACUCUGAAGGAUCGCCGGCUUACGUUCUACGGAUACAAUCUCUCCUCCACUGGGAACUGGUUUUAUAAAUAAAUGUCUUUGUUCAACCCUA